CUCCCCAUCUAUUCCUCACCCACCUCUCAAACAAAAACAAAAAAAUCUAUUCCUCACCCGUGCUCUCUCUUCCAGGAGCUCUGUGUCCUCCGCCACCAUGCCCGGCGCCGCACCUCCCUUCUCCCUUUCGUUGAACAGAUCCGGCGACCGGCGCCGCACAUCUCCUUCUCUGUGACAAAGCCCUCUGCCCCUCUCCAUCUGAAAUAUCAAUAAGCCCUCUCGUGUUAGGCCUUUUCUGCUCUCCUUUUCUUUGAGCAUUAGGCCUUUUCUGCUCUUGUGACAAAGGCCUAACACGAGCAAGCCAAUCAGCCCACCACUAAGAAGCCCAAAACAUGCAGCACACCCAAGCCCGAAUCGGCCGAUCUCUCUCUUCCAAAGAAAGUGGCAGUAGGGUUCUAGAGAGCCGCUCCCUGACGAUGGCGAUGCUCCGGUACGCCGUCGGCUUCGCGCUCCGCCGGUCGGCAUCUCCACCUGACGCCGCGCUCUCGCGCUUCUUGGGCAGCGCUGGAUGCGGCAACCCCGCCGCUGGCUUCCCGCUCCUCCGACGGCCGGCACCUCCGCCUGGUGUUGCUGCUGCUGCGACGGCGGCGGCCUCUCGCUUCUUCAGCAACGGCAGCCGGUCUGGAUCCAGCGACACCAACUCCACGCUUGGCAAGCCUGUUGAGGAGACCAAGGAAAAUGUGUGCCUGAGGACCCACAAGUCACCUGCCAAGAUACGCAUAAUUCUGAAAUCUUUCAAUAACCAGAAGAACAAUCUGAAGGAGCUUGCGCCGUACAUGCAUAAGGUCGGGUUGCCUGAAUCGCGGUCCUUAUACACCGUGCUGCGAUCACCUCAUAUUGAUAAGAAAUCCCGGGAGCAAUUCUCAACGCAUGUGAAGAAAGUGUUUGUGGAGAAAACAGCGGAGACGCAUGAACUGGCCAAGAAGUUCUUCUGGUUGAAACGGCUUCGUAUAUUGGGGGCUCAGUACGAAGUCGUCAUUAAUUUCAAGACACGCUUGGGUAAAAAGAUUGGCUGCAGCGAAGGUGGUGGCCUGCUUCGACAUCCAAAACAGGGUUCAGGCAUAGAAUAAAAAGGAGGUACUAGAGCUGCUUCAGGCCACACACAAGCUAUCCAUCCAACUUGUGUGGAUCUUAAUUUCUGUUCUUGGUUUGAUCUAGCAUAUAAGUAGUACUAUAUAUUCUAUGUAAUGUCAUAUGGAACUAAGGAUGCAUGUGACCUAUCUGAGGAUGUUGCUUUUUUGGUAACCAUCCAUGUAUUUCGAAAGAAGACGGUGAUAAUAAUAUGUGGAGAAGAGGAUCGACGAUGUCUGUCUUCUUCUUUUUUUGCGAGA